CCAAGGCCUCGUAAUUACCCACCUCCACCCACCGGCCACGAACUUAUGCGCCUCUUCCCUCCACCCCCUCCCGACCAAUUCUCGAUUCUCAAACCCGGUCCCACCUCGAUUUACUUCCACCAACAAGAACGCGCCUUCUUUUCCCAGGCGGGCAAGGAGAUCGUCAGAGUGAGGGUCGAGAGCGAUUUCCAACCAUCGGCUACCUUGAGCAAAGGAGGAAUGGAGGGUAUGAAGAGGGGGGAACCAUGGACGGCGGCGGCCACGAUGGCGCUGGCUCUUUCUCCACAUGGUCAGCAGCAGCCAGCGAAGCGGUCGGAAUCGAGUUCGGCAUCCGUCGAAGAGUGGAGAGCGCCCGCCCCUGGGACGGCUCCCCCGCGCGAAAGUCGAAGGAGAUCGGGUAAGCAUACGAAAAGGGUCGUGGUACGAUGA